AUGGGGGACACAGAGAAAGGGAAGAAGACUUUUGUCCAGAAGUGUUCCCAGUGCCACACGGUGGAUGAGGGGGGACGACACAAGGUGGGACCUAACCUCUGGGGCCUGUUUGGCCGGAAGACAGGACAGUCACCUGGAUACUCCUACACACAGGCCAACACCAACAAGGGUAUAGUCUGGGAGGAGAAGACACUAAUGGUCUAUCUAGAGAACCCUAAGAAGUACAUCCCAGGUACCAAGAUGAUAUUUUCUGGUAUCAAGAAGAAGAAAGAGAGAGAGGACCUGAUAGCCUAUUUAAAGGAUGCCACUUCGUAGACAGACACACAACAUGCACACACACCAUAUCAUACUGU